AUGGCCACCCUUUACAAAAGCCCCCAUGCCCGCACCUUCAUCUCCUCCUGCCUCCGCCUCCAUCCGGUGCACCUCCGCAAACCUCUCAAUUGCAUCUCGGACUUCCAAGCAUCGUUUCCAUACCACUCGCCAACCCGACGGGAUUUAUCAACACUAUCCACCAUGUCCGCAAUCAGUAACCUCCCUAAAACAUUCCGGGCAGCUGUGCUCACGGGACUGAACCAGCCUCUGGAGCUGCAGUCCUUGCCCUUGAUCCCCCCUGGUCCAGGCCAGAUUCUAGUGAAGGUGCUGGCGUGUGGGAUCUGCCACACUGAUGCCUUCGUCGCGGCGGGGAUAAUCCCGACGUCGUUUCCAAGGAUUUUGGGACACGAGAUCAUCGGGGAGGUUGCUGCGCUGGGAGAGGGGGUGAAGGGGUUUAGUCUUGGGGAGAGGGUCGGGGGCGGAUGGCAUGGUGGCCACGACGGCACCUGCCCCUCCUGCGUCAAAGGCGCCCACCAGUACUGCGCCAACGAAGCCAUCAACGGCGUCUCCAUGAACGGCGGUUACGCGGAAUACUGCCUCCUCCGCCACGAAGCCGUCUCGCGCAUCCCCCUCGACGCCGACCCCGCCUCCACGGCUCCCUUCCUCUGCGCCGGCACGACCGUCUUCAACGCCCUCCGCCACAGCGGGAUCAUCCCCGGGGAGGAAGCCGUCGUUGCCGUCCAGGGCGUCGGAGGGUUGGGCCAUCUGGCGGUGCAGUACUCCAAGGCUAUGGGGUACAAGACUAUCGGAGUCUCGACGGGGAGUGACAAGAAGGAGUUGGUGAUGGGGGAGUUGGGGGCGGAUGGGUAUAUCGAUUCGCUGGUUGAGGAUCCGGUGGAGAGGUUGCAGGAGAUGGGAGGGGCGAAGGUGAUUGUUAGUACGGCGCCUAGUGCGAAGGCUAUUGGGGGGUUGCUGGGGGGGUUGGCGAAUUUUGGGAGGAUGGUGGUUUUGGCGCCGGUUGGCGGGGUGGAGUUUGAUACUUUUUUGAUGGUGACGAAGGCGGUCUCGGUUAGUGGGUGGUCGACGGGGACGGCGGUGGAUGGGGAGGAGGCGGUGGCAUUUGCGAAGAGGAAUGGGGUGAGGUGUUUUGUCGAGAGGUUUGGGUUGGAUAGGGUGAAUGAGGCGUUUGAGGGGAUGAAGGGGGGGAAGCCGAGGUUUAGGAAUGUGUUGGUGAUGGAAUGAGGACGUGGUGGUUUCUUUGCCGCCGUAGGGUAAUAGACACUGUUCAGUGUUGGCAAUCUUAUCCCAAUAAGUCACU